AUGUCGGACCAGGAGCGCGAGCAUGCUCUCGCCAGCUUCAAGAAGAAGUUGAUUGAGUCGCGAGAGUGGGAAACCAAGCUCAAGAACCUCCGGCUCGAAAUCAAGGGUCUUCAGAAGGACUUUGACAACACAGAGGAUCACAUCAAGGCGUUACAAAGUGUCGGGCAGAUUAUUGGCGAGGUACUGAAGCAGCUUGACGAGGAGAGGUUCAUUGUUAAGGCCUCGUCAGGUCCUCGUUACGUCGUCGGUUGCCGCUCCAAGGUCGACAAAGCGAAGCUCAAGCAAGGAACCCGUGUGGCGCUUGAUAUGACGACACUCACCAUCAUGCGCAUGCUUCCCCGCGAGGUCGACCCCCUCGUCUACAACAUGUCUUUGGAAGAUCCGGGCCAGGUCAGCUUCGGCGGAAUUGGUGGUCUCAACGACCAGAUUCGCGAGCUCAGAGAAGUCAUUGAGCUUCCGCUCAAGAACCCAGAGUUGUUUCUGCGAGUAGGCAUCAAGCCACCCAAAGGCGUGCUUCUGUACGGUCCACCAGGUACCGGCAAGACCUUACUUGCCAGAGCAGUUGCUAGCAGUCUAGAGACGAAUUUUCUUAAGGUCGUUGCAUCAGCUAUCGUCGACAAAUACAUUGGCGAGUCUGCCAGGUUGAUCCGCGAAAUGUUCGGAUACGCAAAGGAGCACGAACCCUGCAUCAUCUUCAUGGACGAAAUCGACGCCAUCGGUGGCCGCCGGUUCAGCGAAGGUACUAGUGCCGAUCGUGAAAUCCAGCGGACGUUGAUGGAGCUGCUCAACCAGCUCGACGGUUUCGACUAUCUCGGGAAAACCAAGAUCAUCAUGGCCACGAACCGACCUGACACACUCGACCCUGCGCUGCUACGUGCCGGGCGUCUAGACCGCAAGAUUGAGAUUCCCCUCCCCAAUGAGGUUGGACGUCUGGAGAUUCUCAAGAUUCACGCCGCGGGCGUGGCCAAGGAAGGGGAGAUUGACUUUGAGAGCGUGGUGAAGAUGAGCGAUGGGCUGAACGGUGCCGAUUUGCGAAACGUGGUUACCGAGGCCGGCCUCUUCGCCAUCAAGGCCGACAGAGAUGCGAUUAAUCAGGAUGACUUCAACAAGGCAGUUCGCAAGGUGGCUGAGUCGAAGAAGCUGGAGGGCAAGCUUGAGUACCAGAAGUUGUAGAGACGGUUUGGUGUUGGUGAAGAGCGGAAGGGGGUUAGAUAAUGACGAAUCACAUUACAGGAAGACGCGGAUAGAGCGCAUGAAUUCAUGCCAAGCGUUUUGAGCACACUGAAACUACUUUUACUGUAAUACUAUGCACCGAUAGGGAAGAUAUUAUGAUGACGAUGUAUUUGGAAUUGCUUCGAGUGACCAAUCACAUCUUGUGUUUA